GCGGAUUAUUCAAUUUGUAUAUAUUGUGACUAGUGUACAAUAUAUAUGGACUACAGUAUAAAGGGUUAAUAAAAGGCCAUCAGCAAAAGCGGAGAACCCUGCGAAGGUUAUAUACAUCGAAGCUAGGGUUUUAAGAGCGUGAAAGAAUGAAGAAGGCGAUAGCAGUGGAUGAGUUUGAUUUAGAGGAGGAGGAGCAGCAAGCGCAUCAGGCAGAGCGUGAGCGCGUUGGUGGGUGGGGAGCUUGGGGUUCACGAAGGGGCCGCAUGCCCAUGGAAUUGGACGAUGAUGACAUGUUCGCCGAUGGGGCAAUCUCCGACCACCGCCGGGUCCGCGACACCGACUUCUACAACUCCUUCGACGAUGAUUUUGAUGAUCAUGACAUCAAUUGAUCAUCAUUAUCAUCCCCUACCUUUUUCUUUCUCUUAUGUACUGUUAAACCUUUAUUAAUAAUAUAGAGGCCGGAUGAUUUUAUUAAUUUAUCGAGGUCUAACGUGAAAUGAUUAAUUUGCAGUCGCAUCCUAUAUCUGGGGUCUAAAUCACUUUUGUAUAUAUACUUUUGUUAAUUGCACUACACUUUCAAUUUUGUAUGUAUAUGCACUGUGUAGUAAGCGGCUCCCCAGACAGGGGCGGAUCUAGUAAGAGGCACGGGGGACACGUGCCCCCCCUAAAUUUUUUUUUUUACAUUUUUCACCAUUCUAAAUUUUACAAAAAUACAUAAGUGCCCCCCCAAAAUUUGAAAAUAUAUACUCCCUCCGUCCCCCUCAAUUGUUUACAAUUGAGGGGGACACGGAGACCAAGACAAUUUAUGAAAAAUGAAUAAAGUUAGAUGAAAAGUGAGUAAAGUGGUGGGACCUAUCAAUAUUUAAUAAUAGAUUUGAGAUAGUGGAGAAAAGUAGUGGGUGUAAUAGUAGUUUUUAUUGUUAAAUAUGAGAUAGUGGGGAAGAUAGUGGGUGUAAUGAUGAGAAAAACUUACUAUUUAUGGUAAUGUAAAGAAAUGAGAGGGACAUCCCAAAAUGGUAAGGGUAAACAAAUGAGAGGGACAGAGGGAGUAGGUGUUUUUCGAAAAUUUGCUUGGUGCCCCCCCUAAAUUCCGUCUCUAGAUCCGCCCCUGUCCCCAUAUACCAGUUAUUAACGCCGGAUAAUCUGGUGUUUUUAGUAGCGUAAACGUUAUAUGAAGUUUUGUUCUGUUAACCCCCACCAAUAGCGUUUUACCUGAUGUAGCGAUUUGAUUAGUAAUUAAUCGAAAAUCCAGCAUGAAUAAAUGAUAUUGGGGGCCAUUUUCCGGGAUCGUGAUAUUCUGGGUAUUAAUUCCUGGAGUUGUGUUAAUGAGGGCAACACCAGUGUUUGUGUAUGCUUGAGUGUGUGUAUAAGUACAUAUAUGUGUUGGGUUUGGCUGGAGAAAACAGUGGCAGUGAUAGCUAUGGGAUUGGUGGUGGCGGAGAGUCGCCGUAAGUUGUUGACGACGGGGAUGGUAUUGGGAGUACAGCCGAGUGUAGGUAUGAACCCCCUAAUCUCUGAGCUCAAUGAUUGUGGUGAAGGCUCUGUUGUACAACUCUCUGGCAAAAUAAAGUGUGUCUGGAUCAUCUUGUUCUAGUUCUGUGCUUCUUCUAAUCUCUGAUGUCUAUGGCUGUGAAGCCCCUGAAUUGAGGUUAUCCCUUGUUAGAGCAUCUCCAACGGCGUUGGCUAUAAUGGUUGGCUAAAUUGGACCAAUAAGACAUUAUGUAAAAUUUGCUGAACCUGUAAGACAUUUUGCUUCAAUGGUAAUGGCUAUAUUGAUUGGCUAUAAUUUAAAAAUAGUAUGUUAUUAAUAUUUUAAAUUGUUAAAAUAUAAUAUAUCAGUUCAAUAUGGUAAUAAAUGAUGUAUAAUCUUCUUACAGAUUUUCUUACAGACCUGUAGAGGUUCGACAAAUUUAGCCAUCCAUAGGAGGUUGGCUAAAUUUAUAGACAACAGGUGAGCAUGGUUGGAGUUGAGUUUUUGGAGCUGUUGGCUAAAUUUUUUUAUUUUAAGUAUGCCAACUCAUUUUUUAGCCAAGGGUUUUAGAUGGUUGGAGAUGCUCUUAAAAUGGUUUCUGGCAUAAUUUCUGCUACCUGGAAGAAAUUAAUUAAUAGGAAAAAUUCCUAUGGCGGAGAUAAAUGUAAAUGGUUGUUGUUCCUUCGGUUCUUGCAAUGGAUUGCUUUACUUUGCAGAAUACUGCUACGACGAAAAAAUCCUAGUGCUAAAUCCUCUUAGAAAUCAGCUGAGGCUUCUGCCACCCAUCUCCUUCCCGCCAAAUGAUGAUUUUCUUGCUCUUAUGAAACACUACGGAGAUCCAGAGGAAUCCCCAGUAAAUGCCUAUGGAUUAGGCUUUGAUAGUUCAACUAAUAACUUCAAAAUGGUCUGUAUUCUGCAGAAUACAGGGGAAUGCAUGGGCACUGUAGUGCACAAUCUGGGCUCAAACUCGUGGAGAAAAAUUUCAAGUGUUCCUCGAUAUCCUAUCCACGGAAAGCCUGUAUUUGUUCACGGCUUCUUGCAUUGGAUGUUAAGCCCUCUCCGACAAUUCUACGGGGACUUGCCUGUGGACCAAAACAUAAUCUCGUUCGAUGUCUGUACAGAGGAAUUCCAGGUGAUUCCGCAUCCUGGGAUUCUGUCAGAGAACAUCGAGGAAUUUGAACUAAUCGAUUGCUACGGUCAUUUUAAAUUAUUUGAUAUGAGUAACGACUUGGCCGUAGCGGAUAUCUCAAUGAGGGAUAAAGAUAUCGAUAUUUGGGUGAUGGAUUAUGCGAAAAAGGAAUGGAGCAGAGUGUAUAAUAUCAGACUGGCUGAGACGCUUGCGAGUGCUUACAAUGAAAUUUGCGUUUAUGCAAUUGCUUGUGUUUAUAAUGAUAAUGAUAUAGGCGUAUGGAAGGAGGGAGAAAUAUUUGUGAAAUCUUAUAAAGGAUACUGGAUAUUUAGUACUCACACAGGUGGCUUGAGAUUUAAAAGAAUUUCUGGUUUGGGCAAGGGUGAUGCACAAAUUUUGAGUCACACUGGAAGUUUGGUUUCCAUCUAAUACGACCCAAGUUUCUCAAGGCCGACUUGUUCCGGAAAAAAUAGUUUAGUUUUCCGUUUUUUUUAUAAUCUUGUCGGAUAAAUUGAUAAGCCAGACAUUUCCGGGCCAUCAGGUGAAAGCGGUGAUUUCUUUAUCACGAAUGAUAAAGUUAAAGUUUUAUUAAAGAGCGCCUCCAACAGAUAGAACCUUGUUGAAGAAUAUAAGAUUUUCAUGAGACUUAUUUUGAGCAGUCCCAGUCUAAGCACGCAUACAAAAUGUGAAAGUAUUUCAAACAAAAAAUUGACUCACAAUACGCUUUUCUGCUGAUAGAAAU